GCGCGCAGAUCUCAGCGCGGGAGGAUCUCUUCUCGAGCAGUUGUUGCCCUGGGCUGGAGUCUGGGGACCUCAGGGGCGGAAGGCGCCGCUUGCCGCCUGCCACGUGGUCGGGGAGGCCGGGCCUGACUGGUACGCGGCCGGGAGAGGGGACGCCCGGGGUAGGUCCCUGCUGGCCCCGCGUGGAGGCGCCGCUGCACGUGUGGAACCCACUGACAAGAUCUGCUCCCUGACCUAGGACCACCUCCAGGCUCCCUCUGCUGACAAGCCAGAGCAUCUGCAAACCUCAGACGGAGGGAGCUGUCAGCCAGGCAAGACCAGGAACACCAUCACCAUGACAACCAGUCACCAGCCUCGGGACAGGUACAAAGCCGUCUGGCUCAUCUUCUUCAUCCUGGGCCUGGGCACACUGCUCCCCUGGAAUUUUUUCAUGACGGCCACUAUGUAUUUCACAAACCGCCUGGAAAAGUCCCAGAAUAAGUCCCUGGACACUGCUGAACUGGGCAAGGACAUCCAGGCCUCGGCCACCCCUGCAGCACCACUGCCGGAGAAGAAUUCUCUCAGUGCCAUCUUCAACAACGUCAUGACUCUCUGUGCCAUGCUGCCUCUGCUGUUCUUCACCUGCCUCAACAGCUUCCUACAUCAGAGGAUCCCACAGUCCAUCCGGAUUCUGGGCAGCCUGGUGGCCAUCCUGCUGGUGUUCAUGAUCACUGCCAUCCUGGUGAAGGUGGAGCUGGAUGCUCUGUCCUUCUUCAUCAUCACCAUGAUCAAGAUCGUUCUCAUUAACUCGUUUGGUGCCAUCCUGCAGGGCAGCCUGUUUGGUCUGGCUGGCCUCCUGCCUACCAGCUACACGACCCCCAUCAUGAGCGGCCAGGGCUUGGCGGGCUUCUUCGCCUCAGUGGCCAUGAUCUGUGCCAUUGCCAGUGGCUCAGAGCUGUCAGAAAGUGCCUUCGGCUACUUUAUCACAGCCUGUGUUGUCAUCAUUUUGGCUAUCGUCUGUUACCUGGUCCUGCCCCGGCUGGAGUUCUACCGCUACUACCAGCAGCUCAAGCUCGAAGGGGUCAGGGAGCAGGAGACCAAGUUGGACCUCAUUAGUAAAGGAGAGGAACCAAGAACAAGGAAUGAGGACUCUGGGGCUUCAGCCCCCACCACCAACAGCCCCUCUGUCAAGGUCAUCUUCAAAAACAUCUCAGUCCUGGCUUUCUCCGUCUGCUUCAUCUUCACAGUCACCAUUGGGAUAUUUCCUGCCGUGACUGCUGAGGUCAAAUCCACCAUCGCAGGCACCAGUGCCUGGAAAGACUACUUCAUUCCCGUAUCCUGUUUCUUGACUUUCAAUAUCUUCGACUGGCUGGGUCGGAGCCUCACAGCCAUUUUCAUGUGGCCUGAAAAGGACAGCCGCUGGCUGCCAAGCCUGGCGGUGGCCCGGCUGUUGUUCGUGCCGCUGCUGCUGCUGUGCAACGUCCAGCCUCGCCGCUACCUGACUGUGGUCUUUGAGCACGAUGCCUGGUACAUCAUCUUCAUGGCUGCCUUCGCCUUCUCCAAUGGUUACCUCGCCAGCCUCUGCAUGUGCUUCGGGCCCAAGAAAGUGACGCCGGCUGAGGCGGAGACAGCAGGAGCCAUCAUGGCCUUCUUUCUGUGUCUGGGCCUGGCACUGGGAGCUAUCUUCUCCUUCCUAUUCCGAAUAAUUGUGUGACCACAGCUGGCCAGAAGAACUGUGCUGCCCGCCUGCUUUCUGCCACCUUCCUUUUUCAUCCAAGGAUGGGCAGGGGGGCCAGGAGAGUUUCUCUUCUAGCUGACCUCUUCCUUCUCACUGCCUGUGCUGGGUUGGGGCAGCAUCCUGGGGAGGGAGCCUCUGUGGAAGGACAGCGGAGACCAUGAUGGGCCUGAGGGUUGCAGCCCAGGGAGGGGGUGCAGUCUCAUCUGCCCGAGUCCCCCGCACUUGGCUCAGGCUAAUCCCUGCUUGAGAAGACAGCAGAGGCUCCUGGGCGCUGUGAGUGAGUUGUAUGUAUAUUUGUACAUAUAUACGUUUGUCUGCCUGUACCAGGGGUGGCUGGGAGCCAGAACUGACCGUUGUAUGGUCCGAUCUGAUACUUCCCCUCCCUCCUGUCUCCUGGUAUGUUCCCUUCCCUGCUCCCCAUGCUAGUCCCUACCCAUCAUCCUCCUUAUUCAGUUGCCAUUUUAUUGCCUUUUUUAUACUCAACAGCAAUCAGGUGCCUGCAGAGGCUCUCUCAUUAAAUAAACCUGUUUUUUUUGGUUGGUGUUUCCCCCCCCCUCCCUCUGUGGCUCCCUGUGCCCUCAAGCCCUGGCUUCAUGCCCUGGAAAGGGUGACGGCCUAAGUUUGAGGGGAAUGAGCAUGACCCAGCCUGGGUUUAGGUCCAAGGGAAGACAACCUUCUUGGUCUUAAAGGGGCUGCAGUGCCCCCUAAUGGGGUCCCAGGGAAGGUGCAAGCCUGGAGCCAAGACAUCCUGACUAUUGGCCCAGACAGAGAAAAGCCAAGUUUUUCUUGGCUGCUUUAUUCCUUCUUUCACAGGACUGGGGAUGGAGACAGCUCUUUUCCUUUGUCUUCACUGCCACCCCCUUCACUGUGUCCUCAUCCCUCAGCCCCAGGAACGAGCUCUCCAGAACUGGCCAUCCCACCCCCCAUGCCUUCUGCUUCUGGCUGCUUUCCCGCACCACCAGGCAGGCAGAGGCUGAGGCCUGACAGUUCCUCCCUGCCUGGCGCCCUGCCCUGACACUAAAACUCAGCCUUCUUGGGGAACAAGGGACCUGUGUGUUCUCACAUUGAAGCUGGGCCUUCCCUAUCUCAUCCCAAACUCUAGCCUAGGGACGAGUGGAUUUGUAGGGAACCUGGAGGAAUGCCAUGGGUGGGGGCCCUACUGCUGGAGACCUGCGUCUCAAAAAUGACUCUUCCUGAUUGAAAGUGGGGGCAGAGCCCUGGCCCUCGGGCCGGUGCAUGUCUCAGACUCCUCCCAGAAGGCAGGAGGUGUUCACACAGCCCAUUCCACUCUGAUUCCUGACCAGCAGAUUGCUCCAGAGUUAAGGGCCGUUACACAUAUUUUAAAGGCUCUCUGAUGAGCCCUCAAGCUCUAAUGGAGUAGUUAAGUAUACAGUUGUAUUGCAGACUGAAGUCCAUGUACUAAUUUGUUAAACCAGGGUACAUAUCUGAGAGGAACAUUGGAGAAUUCUUUCUCCAGUCUGGGGUGUGGUUUGGCAAUGAGUCAAGUGGAAAUACUCUUUUCCCUUCCCUCCUCACCCUCAGUCCUCUGUUACUUCCCCAUUUUAUCCAAAACCUGAGAAUCCUGUUGGGCUCCUCAGUGACCUGUUUCCUCCCUGGAUCCCUUCCCCCUUUCAGGCCCUUGCUACCUGCCUGGCCUGACUUCCUUCUUCCCAGGUCUCCAGUCCAUCCUGCUGAUUGCAUGGCCACAAGAAUAAUAUGAAAAAUUAAGGCCUAUGCUUGCUGUCUUCCUGGAGCCUGCUCCUAUCUUCCAGAGCAUUUCCUGAUUUUAUACCAGCAGCAGCUAGUUUGUGCAAUUUCCUUCUCCGCUGCAUCUCAGACCUUUUGUAAACUUAUCUUCUACCAAAUUAGUAUCUUACUCCACCUAACACCCAGACAUGUUUUUGAGGGUAGAGUCUACAUUUUACUAAUGUCUUGAAUCUUCAAGCUACAAGCACUGUACCUGAUUCCCAGAGGUGCUUAGAAAAUGUUUGCUUCAUCGUAUUGGCUUGUCCUAAGGUGGGACAUUUUUCUGCACACAAAGAAGUCAAUUGCAAUGAUGUGAUGGCUCCUGACCACCAGGUGCUCUGCAGGCGAACCACCUUGGGGUGGGGCAGGGUUGGGUGGGGGCCUCCUCUGUGUGUCCUCACCACUUGACUCUGCUUCCUAUAAGGUUGGAAAGGCUGAGUGUGAGAAUCUGUCAGGUAUCCCUGGCCCUGCAUGACUUGCUACUGCUCAUUACCUUCUUUCCACGUGACGUUUCUUCUUGAAGCAUCUGUGUAUUCAGCAGCUGUCCUCACUAGGGUGGCUGCCCCUGCAGAAAUUUCCCUCGUUUACUCUUUUUAUGGUGAAUUGCUGGGGUUUCAAACACUUCUGAAAAGCUAAGAGCCCCAGUAAAAUCAGCACCCAUCAUUGAAAA